AUGGACCAAGGUUACAUUGAAGCCUACCGAGACAAAGAUUAUAAUCAAGUCAAUAUGGUCAAUAGUGACAACGAAGUGAAUGUCAUAGUUCCUCAGUUCAACGAAUCUGAGUCUAUACAGAUUACUUAUGACAGUCGGAAGACUUCUGUGACUCCUCUGGUCAUUAACUUACCGGACCCAGUUCCUUACCAGUCUGAUAAAGUUGUUCCUUAUAAGUACAAUGCUACAAUGACUGAGAAUGGAAAGGAUGUUCCUCUACCCUCCAUUGUUAACGUCGCUGAUGUAAGUAGGGUCACAAGGAGUGGGCGUAUAUUUGCAAAAAGGACCGAGGAUGUCGCAGCAGGAAAGCAGGCUCAUGUUGAGGUCCCUUUUGAACCGGUUGGCCAAUCUGAUAACAUGAAUCCGAAAAGUGAUGAUGAUGAGAAAGUCUUAGAACAAGCUUAUGUAGACCAUGAUGUGACGGUUGGACAAUUUGAUGGUAUCGUCGCUAACAUCACGGCCUGCGACAACUUGAGUUUCAGUAAUGAAGAGCUCCCCGAAGAAGCAAGAAAUCAUGACAUGACACUAAAUAUCUCAAUCAACUAUAUGAAUGACUCUUUGUCAAGUGUGUUAGUUGAUACAGGAUCAUCUCUCAAUGUCAUGCUGAAAUCGACACUUUCUAAACUUUCUUUUCAAGGUGCUCCUAUGAGGAGUAGCGGGAUUAUUGUCAAAGCUUUUGAUGGUUUUAGAAAAACAGUCAUUGGAGAAGUGAUGGACAUAGAAGCUGCGUAUAGUUGUUUAUUAGGUCAGCCUUGGAUCCAUGAAGCUGGGGCAGUUACUUCCACUCUGCAUCAGAAGCUUAAAUUUGUGAAGAACGGGAAACUGGUGACAGUCUAUGGGGAGAAAACACUGGUUGUGAGCCACUUAUCAUCUUUCUCUUAUCUUGAACUUGAAGAAGAUGUUGGAACUCAAUUCCAAGCCCUUUCUUUGAUUGACAAAGAUAUCAAGAGAGGAGUAUUCAUCUCUUCAUUCAAGGAUGCACAACGGCUAGUCAAUGAUGGUAUAACCGAUGGUUGGGGAAAUUUUUUGGAUCUCCAAGAAAAUAAACACCGAGAGGGUUUAGGCUUUUCUCCUACUUCCAAGAAAAUUGAAGAUAGAAGAUCAGAAGACGAAGCAGCUGAAGCCAAUGCCAUUGUGGAAGACAAUCCUAAAGAUGUUCCGACCGACUUCAUAGCUCACAGAGUAAUUCGCCAAAAUUGGACCUCUGUUGAUGUUCCUAUUGUUGUUCAUAUUUCAAAAUUAAUUCAUGACAUAUCCAUUAAAAUCAAUAACCCUAUGCCCUCUUGCAACUUUGAAUUCCCUGUGUACAAAGCGGAAGAAGAAGAAGAGGAAAACAUUCCAGAUGAAAUCUCUAGACUGCUCAAAAAUGAAGAAAAGACCAUUCAGCCAUUCAAAGAGCCUAUGGAAGUAAUCAACUUAGGGUCUGAAGAGGAUAGAAAAGAAGUCAAAGUUGGAGCACUGCUCGCGCCAUAG